AUGGAAACGCGAAGCAAGCGGGCCCGCAGCGUAGCAGCAGCGCUUCCAACAGACACCAUAUCGAAAAAAAGCAGAACACAUCAGGAUGUUCAAGAAAAAGAUACAGAAGUCACGCUACCCCCAGUACAGUCAGCGUUGAAGCUACACAUGAUACGCCAACCAUACGAUGUCACUACGAACCACCCUCUUCCAACAAUUCAACAUGACUCCGAACUAUUGGUAAAAGUGCAAGCAGUAGGACUCAACCCGAUUGACUGGAAGGCGCCUGACUACAACUUCGGCAUCCCAACCCUACCAUACAUAUCCGGCCGCGAGUUCGCCGGGACAAUAGUAAAAGUACCAAAUGCAACAUCACCUCGCAACAUCAAAGAAGGAGACCUGGUCCUCAUCCCAUCAACAGACUAUCGCGAUCUCCGCAAAGCAGCAUUCCAAGAAUACAGUGUUGCUUCCUCAUUCAACACCAUCCGUCUCCCUCCCAGCAUAUCGCUCAACUCGGGCAGUAUACUAGGCGUAGCAUUUGUAUCCGCCGCCCUCACACUAGGGAUAUGCAUGGGCUUAGACUUCUCCAGCAUAGAAGCCGGACCAGACCUCCUCAACAUUGUACGCAACCUCGAGCCAAACAGUCUCCCGACGGAUAUACGACAAGAGUGCCUGUACGGCAUCAGUGAGAAAGAACGUGUUGGGGCUGGGGACUACCUAGUCAUCUGGGGCGCAAGUUCAGUAUGCGCGAAUGUCACGACGCAGAUAGCGCGUCUUGCGGGUAUCAAGAUAAUCUCCGUCGCCGAUGCAGCGAAACAUGGAUCUCGGUUGUCGUCCACCAAAGCCAUUGUGCCAGACCUGGUUGUUGACUCUCAUGAUCCGCAAAGAGCGAUUCAAGUCAUCAAGGCGAAUACUGGUAGCAGAGGCGCACGCUUUGGGUUUGAUACAAUGGGCAAGGAUACAGCAGGGUAUUUGCUCAACUCUCUUGCCAUCCCUACACCAUCUUCGUUACCGUCUCCUCCUUCCACACCCCUGGAGGCUUCUUCCGCGGGUCAGAAAUCCCAUCUUGUGGGCCUGACUGGUCUGCCAAAAAGUGAUAUACCAAAGGGCGUUGAAAUGCACAGCGUGCCUAUCAAGCUAUAUCAUGAGGUUCCGCAAGUGGGUGAGGCGCUCAGUGCGUGGUGUGAGCGGUUACUAGCCAAGGGCUUGUUGGUACCGCCGGAUGUUGUGGGUACGGUCGAUGGGUUGGGAGGCGUUAAUGCGGGUCUGGAUCGCAUGAGGAGGAGAGAGGUCAGUGGAGGACGACUGGUUGCUGUGCUCAAGUGA